AUGAUCAAAAUUCAUUUAAUCCUUUGUUGCUUAAUAAUCCUCUCCCAUUAAUGCUCAAAUUUAAAGGAUAAUACUCUUUUCAUAACAUCUAUUCCUAGCGAGAUUAUGAGGAUUCCUUUGUCAUAAUUAUUUAUUUCUAGCAAUUAUGAUUAGAUCACUUUUUAACCUGUAGUUCCUUUUUUUACAAUUGCAGCUCCAUUAUAAGAAGUAGAGAAGGUUAUUAUACACGGGCUAAAAGGGUAGACUAUAUCUAUUAAAAUGUUAAAAUCCAUAAUCAGUAGUGAACCAUAACAUAAGAUGGCAAUUCUAAUAUAUGAUGAUGGACUUUAUUAUUCUGAAUAUGACUUAAACUAUUACUCUACUAUUCCUAAAUUAGAAGCUGUACAUCCAAGUACAAGAAGAGCAAAUUCAAAAUGCUAUGAUGUUGCUUUGUUGACUACUAUAGUUGUGACAGAAUGCUCUGAUAAUGAUGGAGAUUACUUAAGUAUUUUAAAAAUUGAGUAAUCAUCUCCUACCUAUAUACCAAUAGAGAAGCCACUAGAUACUUUCAGAAAAUUAGAUAUGAUUGAUUAAUACCUUUUAAGAGGGACAAUCGAUAAAUUGGAACUAUAUUAAGAAGAAAAUGAAACAUUAGUAUUCUUAAAUAAUUUAGACCAAGCUGCAAUGAGAAUAUUAUUGAAUAAAGUAUCAUUUGAAUUAAAAAUAAAAGAGUUUCAAACACAUACAAAUGGAUGGAUUAGUAUAUUGAAUGAAUCUGGAGAAUUAAUUAUUUUAUAGUAUAAAGAUGAUUAAUGGUAAUUAAUUUAUGACAUUGACACUAAGAUAUCAGAUGUUUAUUCAUAUGAUUAUAAUGUCUAUAAGAAUACUUAUAUUAUCCUUUCAAAAACAUAAUUAUAUUAUAAAACAAUCACUUAAUAAAUAUUUACUGUAAAUAUUAAUUCCAAACCUUCAGAUAAGGUGUAUUUACUAAGAAGUUCAAUCCUUUUAUUUCAGAACAAGACUCUAUCCUUAUACUCAUAACAAUUAUAUAAACUAUAUUCGAAAACUUUAGGUGAUUCCAACUAUACAAUCAAUUCAAAUCCAAAUUCUGAUGGAUUUUUAGUAAUUGAUGAUGAAUAUUUUUAUAGAUAUGCCACAAAUAAUGAUUAUUUAUUACAAUUUUCAGCAGAUACCUUACCUGUGAAUAAAGAUUAUAGAUUGACUAAAAUUUAGUAGAAUAAUAAUUGCUAAGUUGAAAUUUAUUAUACUGCUGUUGAUAUUGAAUGGAAAUAUAUUUACUUAUCAUAAAUUCCUUAAGCCUUUAUUGCAACUAGUGUGUUUUAGGAUAAUGUAGAUGUCAAAUUGAACCCCAUAUUUUAAGGAUCUAACUUAAAGUAUGAAUUUCAAUUUGAUGAUAUACUAAAUAUCAAAGUUGAAUAAUUCAAAGGAAUUGAAAUAUUAAAUAUAGGUGAUAUAGAGGAUGUUAUAUAUAGGAAAUCAUUAUCAAAUUUAUAUAAUCCAUAUAUCUAAAUUAUUUAAUAACAUAGUGAUCAAUAAAUAAGUGGAUUCUCUUGUGAGAUUAUAUCAAAUCUGUAAUUAAAUUGUUAAUCCAUUUUUGCUAAAAGACAAUUCGAUUAAUUGUAAGAUUCUGAUAAAUAACUUUGGUGGUUUAAUUAAGAUUCUAUAUUCUUAGCAAUAUUAUAAGAAUAAAUCAUGACCAUUUAUUGUGUUUACUAUAAGGAGAAUUAAUUUGAUAUAUUGACAAUUGUUAAUUUAGGUGGCAAUGUCAAAUCAAUAGCAACUGAUGGCAUUCACUUAUAUGUUUCAAUGGAAUAAUCAAUAUUAGUAUAUUAAGUAUCUGUUGAAAACAAAGCAAUAUUGAUUUCUUAUUAAAAUAUGAUUGGAGAUAUAUAUGCAUCUCCAGUUUAAAAGAAUAUUUUAUUUGUAGAAUUUGAUGGAGAAUUGAAGAUCAUCUCAUUUGAAUAUGAAAAGUUGAAUGUAAUAUGGUACACAUAAGUUAACACAAAUUAUGAUUAAAAGAAUUUAAUAAUAUUUAGAAAUCAUUUUACAAGAAUUAUAAAAACAAAAGAUUAAGAAGAAUAUAUAGCAUCAGUAUAUUAUUAUAAGAAUUUAAAUAAUAUCUAUAUGGAGAAAACAAUUAAAAUAAGUAAUUAUUCUGCUUUAAAAUUAUCAUAAAUAUAAGUUAAUAUUUAAUAAAACUUAUUUUAUAUUGUUGGUUAAUAAACUGAAUAAUAAAAACUUCUUAUAUAUAAAGUUGAUGAGACAAUUAUAAAUUCUAUGUUUUUAAGUAUAUAAUAUACAUCAACAGCUUAAUUUUCAAUUGCCAAUCAAUUUUGUUUUAUCACUGAUUAAAGUGCAAAUAAAUAAGUGUAAUAAAAUUACUAUAUUACAGGAGAUAAUAUUGUUUAAUCAAAUAUGAAAGAGAAUUAUUAAUAAGUUUAAUACUCUAAAUAUAUCAUGUUACCUGUUUAAAUUAAGAGUGAUACAUAAAUUAUUUCAACCUAAUUAGUUCCAGCACUUAUUGUGAAUAGAGGUGUAUCAAUCUUUUAAACAAAGAAUUAAUUUAAUUUGACUUAUAAAGCAGAUGGUACUCAAAAACAUUGUUUAGAUAUUGGUUAAUAGUGGUAUAGUGGUUAAGUAUUUAAUAUAACUUAGAAUGAAGGAUAAGAUAAAAUUACAUUUGUUUAAACAUUAUCAAAAUAAGUUGAAACAUUGGAAUUUAGUCCUUAUAUUUAAUAGUUGGAUUCUGAAACUUUAGUUUAAUUGAUUGAUAAUACAAUCAUAUUAGUAAAGAAGUCUGAUUUUACUUAGACUUAAUUUUUGUUGGAUGAAAAUUAUAAAAUAACUUAAUUGUUAUGUAUUCAAAAUCAAUAUUUAUAUGUUGAAACAUAAAAAGGGGCAUAAAUUUAUUUAAAAGUAAUAGAGUGUAAGGAUUCUAAUUGUAAAUUAUUAGAAGAUGAAUUGCAAUUUUCAACUAGUAUUAAUAAGGUUUAUUUACAUAAAAAUAAUUUCAUCAUUUAUUCAAAACCCAUUAUAUAUUUAUUUGACACAAAAGGUGAUCCCAUUAAAUUAUCAGGCUUUGAAUAAUUCAAUAAAUUUACAAUAUUUUCAUAACCAUUUUUUGUUGAAUUCUAACAUUUACAUGAUGAUAUAUAUUAAGCUAUAUCUGUUGAUGUGAGAGGGAAUGUAUAUUUUAAUAAUAUAGAGUUUUCUAGAACAUCUAGUGAUAAUUAAAUAUUCACUUAAGAUGUUGUUAGUUUAUUAAAGUCAAAUUAAUUAUAUGUUAAUGGAAAUUCAGUAUGUGUUGGAAUGCUUUUAAGAAAUGAUGAAAUAAUUAUCAUUUACAAUAAUAUAGCUACAUAUUCAUUUAAAUUUGAAUUUAAUUGUACUAAUAAGAAAUUAUGUGAUCUCAAAUAUUUUAUAUUAAAUGGUGUUUAUUAAUAAUAUGGAGGAUGGAUAAUGUUUAAUAUAUAUCCUAUUAUAUAUUCAAAUGAGAAUAUACUAUCUAUGGUAUAUUGGGCAUAAACUCAUUAUGAAUUACUCUUAUUUGAUCUUGAAAGUACAAGUACUAAAGAGUAACCUAAAUCAGCUAUUGCUCAUUUGAUAGCUCCAAUUAGUGAAGAGGAUCCAGGUGAAAUGUAUUAAAUUUAGUCAUUUGUUUAUAAUUACAAUGGAUAAUUACACUUAUUGGCAUCUGUAAAUGACCCAACUAAAUUACAACAUUAUACAUUGAAGAGAUCUCCAUAAGUUUGUACUUCUACAUAAUAGACUAAUGAAAUUAUCAAAUUAAGUUUAAGUAAUACAAUUUCAAAUGUUAAUUGCACUUUGAAUAUCACUAUAAUAGAAGAUAAUCCAAAACCACCUUAACCUCCAGAUGAUGAUGAUAAAAAGAGUUUCCCAAUGUGGAUCAUAAUCUUAAUUGUGUUAGGUAUAUUAAUUAUAGGUUUUGUUAUAUUUAUUUCUUGUAAAAAGAAGAGCAAGAAUUAGGUUGAUGAUUAGAAACUGUUAUUGACUCCAUGA